AAACCAUUUGAAUAACCGUGUGGGCCUUCUUGUUCAUCUGAGUGUGGUUAAAUUUGUGUUGUUAUUAUUAUUGAGUAGAUUAGUUAAUAUAAUGUCAGGAAUACCUCCGGACACAUGGCAACCUCCCACUGUUACGCUGGACACAACGAUGGGGACAAUUGUGUUGGAGCUCUACUGGAGACAUGCACCCAAGACCUGCAAGAACUUUGCUGAACUGGCGAGAAGAGGAUACUACAAUAAUACAAUGUUCCAUCGGAUAAUCCAGAACUUCAUGGUGCAGGGUGGUGACCCUACUGGCACAGGUCGGGGUGGUGCCUCCAUAUUUGGGAAACAGUUUGAAGAUGAGCUCCACCCAGAUCUUAAAUUCACUGGUGCUGGUAUAAUAGCUAUGGCCAAUGCAGGACCAGAUUCUAAUGGAAGCCAGUUCUUCCUCACACUCAGGCCUACUCAGUGGUUGGAUGGAAAGCACAGCAUUUUUGGAAGAGUGCACCAGGGUAUGGGAGUGUUGAACCGCAUUGGGCUGGUAGAGACCCAAGGGCAAGAUCGACCUGUUGAUGACGUAAAGAUAAUCUCAGUUUCUGUGGCCAACUAAUUUUUAUUUUUAUUUUUUUUUAAUAAAUACAAAAGGAUCCCCUGUUUUAAUUUAUUUCCGUGUUGUAUAACAUGUUGACAGAUUUAAAUGUCUUGCUACUUUUCACCAUGGUCAAUUUACAAACCAAAAUCUGUAUUUAGUAAUAAAACAAAUUGACACAAAUUAUAAAUAUUACUAUCACAUUACAACUGGAACUGGCCUUUGAACCUUUACCACUAAUGUUGAGGGAUGUUAUCAAUUGUAAAGACACUCCUAAAAGAUAAACUGUCUAUUUUCAUCGUCAAAUCCAAGACAAUCACACUUCCCGGAUAUGAACCGGUCCAGUCAGAAAUCAAUAUUUGUGUGAAUUAAUUUACCUACUGAGAAACACUCAAGGGAGGCAUAUUGUACCCACACUUGAACACAAUCCAACGCCUCUGGGACAUCACGCAUUGUUCUUCCAGCCACAGCCAAGUUGUAACAAAGCGUGGUCAAGUACAGUGGAUAUUAAAAGUUUACACACCCUUGUUCAGAGGCAAGGUUACUGUGGUAUAUAAAACCCAAGAUAAAUGAUUUCAAAACCUAUUCCACCAUUGUGUCCCAUAACCUGUACAACUCAACUGAUUUAAAAAAUAUAUAUAUUUUUUAAGAGGUUAAGUAAAAAUAACUCCAUGUGGUUGCACAAGUAUGCACACUUUUUUUUU